AUGGCGGUGGAUAUCUAUGACUCUCAGUACCUGCUCAUCCUGAUCCCAUUACUAGUGGUUGCCCUCCUCUUCGUCUUCUUCAUGCUUUUUACAAAGGAAACAUCCUAUGACGAGGUGCUGGCCCGGCAGAAACGUGACCUCAAGCUGCCGCCGUUGAAGCCGGAUGCUCGCAAGAAGAACGAAAAGAAGAAGAGUAAGAAGAAGGAGAACGCGAGCGCAGUUGCUGGAGGAGGCGGUGGAGGGGAGUCUGAAGAGGACCAGGGAGACGUGGAAGUGGUUGACGGUGCCCACAGUUCCACCCCAAAGUUGGUUGAGGAACCAGUGCAGGUGACUACUGCACCUCCUGCCCCAACUGCACCGUCCUCAACGGUGCCAGUUCCAGCAACAUCUUCGGAGGCUUCUACUAGUUUGAGGGAGCGAAAGAAAAAGGAGAAAAAAGCUGCAAAGGCAGCAGCCACGCCAACAUCUCCACCUGGGGAGCCGGAGGUCAACGGUUCCAAGCCUGCGGGACACAAAGGAGAGCUACCUGUUGUUUCCAGCAAACAGCCCAGACCACCGUCCCCGCAGCUGGAGAUCCGGGUUCGAGUUACCCAGGCGGCCACUAUGGGUCAGACGCCCCCACAGGCUUCCAAGAAGAAGGAGAAGAAGAAGCAAAAGUUAGAGGCCGUGAAUGACCAGCAUCAGCCUGAGCUCAUUAAAGUAGAGCAGCCACCAGUAAAGAAGGAACCACCUCAGAUUGCUGAAAAGAAGGAAGCUCCUCAGAUUGCUGAAACCAAAGUUCUCACCAAUGCAGCUCCCAGUGGGAAGCGGGGCGGCAAGAAACAGAAGAAUGAACCUGUUGAGGAGUCCCACGUUCUGACUGACUCAGCAGGUUCUACCAACCACCAGACGGCCCUCAAUAACGAUGUACCUUCUAAAGGAAAGAAAGCUAAGAAUGAGACAGACAAAGAGAACAAGGGAGUGAAGCUCAAGGAACUCCUUGCAGGUCUAUCAUCCAUCAGCCUGUCCGAAGCCGAGGCUGCCAGCUUGAUUGCCGUCCUCCGAGAAAAGAACCCAAACGCCGUGAACGCCUGGCACAAAUCUGUGGCUAAAUCUGAUCCGGCUGCUCAGGAACAAGGACGUCUCCUAACCACUCUUCAAGAGGAGGCUUCUAUCGCCAAAGAAAAAGUCAAACAACUGAGCCAGGAGCUCCAGGUUUCAAAGCAGAAAACGGGACGGGUGGAAGCCAUGUUGCGAGAGCAGUGUUCAACAAUGGAGAAAGAACUAGCAGGAAUGCAGGCCAAAGCACAAGGAAGUUACCAGGAGUUACAGAUCAAGUUCCAGCAGGUUAGAGAGCAGCUCGAGAGUCAGAUCAAUCGACUGCAACAGGAGAAUGGCAUCCUGCGAGAUGCUGUCAGCUCAACCACAACCCAAAUGGAGACCAAGAAUACCGCCGAAAUGAACAAACUGCGUUCCGAUUACGCGGCGCUAAUGAUAGAAUUAGCGGACAACAAUGCCAAGCUGCAGCAGGAGGAGCACCAAAGGAAGUCCCUGGAGGUCAGCUACAAGCAAAACGUGUCUCAGCUGGAGGCCCAAUUACAAGAUGCUAAGCGACGUUGGGAGGAACUGCAAAACUUUCUCCAUAGCGUCAAUGCUGAGCGAGAAAAAAUUCAGGCUUCCAAGCAAGAACUCCACAGUCAGCUGCUUACGGUGGAGAGUGAGAUGAAGAAUAAGAAUAAAGAGCUCCAGACCCUCCACAGCAGCCUGACGGAAGCCAUGGUCUCCAAGGAGAGAUUGGAGCAAAAAGUGAUUGAGCUACUGGAGGUGUCCCAGCACAGUAUCCCUGACGAUUCCAUGCAGGCUCGUGCUCAGGAACUCAUGAAUGAAAACAAAGGACUUCAGGCCCAAAAGGAAACUCUCCAAGCACAAAAUGAGACCUUGCAUGCGCAGAUUUCAACACAGGCCAACCAUGUCUCCCACAUUGAAGAGCUACAGAAGCUACUGGCCGACAAGGAGUUGCAGAGAAAGAGCCUGGAGGAUUCUUUGAAUGCGGAACGGAGCAGCGGCGCCAGUAGAGAAACUAACAUGCAGGCUUUGCACAACGACAACGUCUCGCUGAAGGCAGAAAUUCAGAAUCUGCGGGCACAGAUUUCUGAUCAGACUGCUUCCCAGCUGGCUUUGGACCAGAUUCAAAGGAGUGUCCUGGAAAAGGAGGAGAAUAUGAAAACGGUAGAGAACCUACUGGAGAAGGGUUUAAUCGAAGUGGCGAACAAGGAGGAGGAGCUAAAGACAGUGAGAGAGGAAUAUGGGGCACUAAAGCAAGAAUUGGUGGACCUUCAGAAAAAGUUGGCACAUCAGAUAUCGUCAGAAUCACUUGUGCAAGAACUGCAAAGCAAGAUCCAAGAGACUGAUUUGAAGCUCAAGUCAAUGGAGAACACUCUACAAGUAACACAAGACAGCUAUUCAACCAAAGCAAAGAGUUUUGAGGCUCUCGAACAGCAGUUUACUGCCCUGCAGGUAGAAAUGGAGCAGUUGAAAAAGGAGCCAUCGGAAGAGCUCACUAGAUUGGGUACUGAACUCCAAAUUCUACAAACUCAGUUAACUGUAAAGGACAAUGAGAUCCAGCACCUUCAGAGUGAGCUGAGUAAUUUUGAGAAGGCACACCAACAGCAAACUGUUAAUGCAGUACCAAGCCCGGAGCUUCUAACAGCGUUGUCCGAGAAGGAGAAGCAAGUUGUAGAACUUCAGAGUGAGCUGUGUGAGCUGAAGGAAUCUCUGGAGCAUCACAGAAAGAAGAACAAUGAGCUCCGGGAGAAAAAUUGGAGUGCAAUGGAAGCUUUGUCAGCCACCGAGUCCAUGCUUCAAGGAAAACUCAGCAAAGCUGUCAAGGACAACCAGGCGACAUUGGCGUUGUCAGAGUCUGAGUGUCGCAAUUUCCUGCACAGACUUAUGCCCCAUGUGCCUCUGCCCAACGAACAGAAUCAUCAGGAGUGGCUCUGCAGGUUUGAGAAAAAUGUCAAUGAGGUUUCAGCUGCUCAAUCCACCCCUGUAUCAGGGGAUCCCGAGGAACUGUCUGAGAAGCUUAGAGAAGCCGAGGAAGCCCAGAGGAUUCUACAGGUUGACUGUGAGACGUACAAGAAAGUUUUGGCAGAAACGGAGGGCAUUCUACAGCGCCUCCAGAACAGUGUGGAGCAGGAAGAGUCUAGAUGGAAGGUGAAGGUGGAGCAAUCGCAGGUGGAGCUAAGAGAGAUGAGCCAGAGAGUCACAACUCUGGAGCAGGAGAUCGAGAGACGAAGUGAUGGAGCUGAGUUGGAAAAUUUGAGAAGAGAAAAGCAGCACUUGGAGUCAGAGUUGGAGAGGGCGGAGCGCGAGAGUGCCACGUAUGUGACGGAGGUCCGAGAGCUCAAAGAUCUGUUGACUGAAUUGCAGACCAGACUUGAUGGCUCAUAUACAGAAGCCAACAGGCAGAAUGAGGAGCUGAAUUUGCUGAAAACCCAACUCACGGAUACACUUUCCAAGCUGGAGACUGAAGAGAACGAACGGCACCAGGUUGCAGGUGAUCUUUAUAAGGCCCAACAAUCUCUUGACCUGAUCCAAGGGGAGCUUUCCAAAGUGGCAGACAAUGCUGAUGGCCUGAUAGAGAACAGCAAUUUAUCGUCACAGAGAGAAGCGCUGGAUAGAAAUGAAAAGAUGACUGCAGGACUUCACCAAACAGUCCAGGAAUUGCAGCAGCUGCUACAAGGUGUUAGUCGACAACUCUCCAAGGAGGCGGAGGCUGAUAGAGAUGAGUUGAAGGUAUAG